UGACUUCAAACCACACCACAGGUAGCAUAUCAGUAAAUGCCAUACCAACAAUCCUUUAGAGCUCACUCUCAUGGUUCCUCCAAUUCCCAUAUGCUCUCAAUUUUUUCAACCUCAUACACUAAUCACUAUCCCCUUUUUCAAUAACAAUACCAUUAGUAGUAUCAAACAAAUUAAUCCAUCAAUUCUAACUACACACUCUUUCUCUGUCACCAAUUCCUCCAUAAAAAAAACAACAAACAACCUCGUUGAUUUUAAGGACAAAACAACUACGUUUCCAAUCAAAAAUCUUGUCCAAAACAUUACAUCAUUAUCCUCCUCCAAAACCAAAAUUGAAAUGCUACAAAUUCUAGAGAAAAAUGCUUCUGAAUUUCAAACCAUAUCAGAUUUCAAUAACCUUCUCAUGGCUCUAUGGAUUGCACAAAAAUCAGAACUUUGUGCAACAAUGUUCACAAAGUUGUCAUCUUUUCAUCUUGUGCCUGAUUCUUGCACUUACUCAAUCAUGAUAAGGUGUCACUGUCAGAAAAAUGAAGUGGAAGAAGCAAAAAGAGUUCUUUUUACUGUUCUUGAAAAUGGGUUUGUACCAGAUUCUACAACCAUAACUGUUCUCAUAAAUUCCCUUUGCAAAAGAGGGAAAGUAAAGAAAGCUAUGGAGGUUUUUGAGUUCAUGGAGAGAAAGGGUUUGAAGAUUAGUGUUCAACAACAUAAUUGUUUGUUAAAAGGGUUGUCUUAUGUGGGAAAAAUUGAAGAAGCACUUGAAAUUUUGAUGAAUAUGAAGAAAACAAAUUUUGGGGUUGAUGUUUAUUCUUAUACUGCUGUUAUGAAUGGAUUAUGCAAAGUCGGUCGUUCGGAUGAUGCGAUGGAUUUGUUGAAUGAAGUUGUUGAAAUUGGAUUGAUACCUAAUGUGGUUACUUUCAAUAUAUUGAUUCAAGGGUAUUCUAUAGAAGGGAGACCAAUGGAAGGUGUCGGUGUUUUGAAGAUGAUGAAGAAGUAUGAAUGUGUUCCUGAUUAUAUUAGUUAUAAUACUGUUUUACAUGGAUUGUUAAAGUGGAAUGAAAUUGAUGAAGCAUUUGAGGUUUAUAAGGAAAUGGUGGAGAUUGGAUUUGAUGUGGAUUUCAGGAUGAUGAGGACAUUGGUGAGACGUUUGUGUAAAAGAUCAUGGAAGGAAAAAGGGUUGCUUGAGGAUGCAUAUGAAGUGUUUGAGAAAAUGAAAGAGAGGGUUUUAGUGGUUGAUAAAAGGACAAUUGAGGUGAUGGUUGAGGCAUGUUGUAGGGGGGAGAAGUUUGAUGAGGCUUUGAUGAAUUUGAAUGAUAUGGUUAGGUGGGGAUAUUCUGUUAAGGCAAUUGCAUUUGAGAAAGUUAUUGUAGGACUUUGUGGUCAGGGUAGAGUGGAUGAGGCAGUGUCAACUUUGUUUCUUUUGCAUGCAAAUGGAGGAAUUGGUGAUUUAGUUUCUUAUGAUGUAUUGGUUAAUGAACUUAAUGCACAUGGGAGAGUGUUUUGUGCUUCCGUUUUGUUUGGUUUUGCAUUGAAGCAAGGUGUUGUUCUUGUUCCCAAUAAGGAGCUGCAAGUUGAGAAAUGGAGUUAACAACUUCUAGAUACUCGGCUUAAUGAUGCUGAAAUGGCUAUUGAGUUGAUAAUGCAUAAGGAAUUUCAUGUGAAGGGUGCAAAGAUAUGGUGCAUUGGAAUGCCAUGAUUGCAAGCUAUGUCCUAAGUGAUUGCUUUGAAGUUUGAACAAGCCUUGAAUAAGAGUACAAUGGUGACUCUGCUUGUGCUCAAACAGGGUUGCUUAUUAUUACCAUGAUGGUUGAGUUGAUACUCAAAAGUUAGUCUACUCUUUUACCAAUGCCAGUGCAUUGAUUUGAGCUUCCUAAUUAUAAUUAAUUUGUUGCCUUGACAUAUGAGAUAGUCCCUUUUGCCUUUUCCUGUUGAAGGCAUCUUUCUUAAUGGAUAGAAGAGUCUGCUGCAUGCAUAACAUAUGUUGGUUGGUGCAUUUGUAUAUGUUUCCGUAAUAUUUAGCGAUGUUGCUCAUGAUCUGUCUGUACCUACUCCCAGUAUAACUCAAAUUGAAACCAUCCAUAUAGUACAAUCGAUUUGUUUCAUUAGUUGCUUUUCUGAUCAAACGUUUCAUCAAA